AACUCCACGAACCUCAUAACCUGGGAAUUUAUACUCAUUUCUUACUUCGGUGCCCUCGCCUUCGUCCUCCUCUUCCUCAGCCUCCAAAACCACAAUAUCCCCGCCCACUUUUCCCAUUUCUCUAUGGAGGGGAACCAGAGCAGUAUAUCUGUCCUGAUAACGCUGGCAAUCUUCGUUCCGGGACUGAUGUUUAUGCCGUGUCUCGAUUCAGAUCCAAGACUGUACCAACACAAGUUUUGGACGACGGCUCUGGUGUCUGUUGCACUACCAGACACGCUCAUAGGGACACUCUUUCUGAAAAAGUUUGUGGUGAUAUGGAGGGAGAGGAAGGAAAGGGUUAAUGUCGAGAGACAGAGGAGUGUUCUGGAACAGCAGAGGUCCCACUUCGCAGAUCUGGGCCAGCAAGCCAGCCGACUAAAACUAGAACUUAAAGAGAAAGAGGAGAAAGUGAUGUCGCUGCGAGAGAGACAGCUGAAAGACAGAUCUGACAGCGCAAUAUCCACCGCCAGCUCAGCAGCUCUGCUGACCACUUGUCCUUCCAGUCCGUCGUCUGACAUCACGUGUCCAAUUGACGGCGGCGGAGAAGGAGAGGAUGGGGGUGGUGUCAACUAUAGAAAUAGACUUUUCUUUGCCCGCACGCCUUCCGAUCUGUCACCAGAUCAAAAUAGAACUCUGUUUAAUGUAUGAUCCAUUAACUCUGUGCUAUACUGAAUAGUUGCUGAGAUUGACAAAUACCGGAAGACCAAUGCUAAUGGA